CUCUCCCCCAUUUUUGUCCCCAAGCUCCAAGAAUUAGCACAUCAAACAUUAGUACUGUAAUUGACCAUAAAAUUAAACUGAUAUAUAUCAUCAUCAUAUAUAUAAAUGCCUGCUCUGUGUGUAUACAUACAUACAUACAUAUAUAUAUAUAUAUAUAUAAAUGAAUUUUCAAAGUCUGCUAGUAAGCUGAUGACCUCAUGAUGAGUAUAUAUUAGAGUAGUGUGUGGGGUUGAUAUUUUCUGAAAGAGAGACUGGGGAGAGAGAGAGAGAGAGAGAGAGAGAGAUGGGGAGAGGGAGGGUGGAGGUGAAGAGGAUAGAGAACAAGAUCAACCGGCAGGUGACCUUCUCGAAGAGAAGGAAUGGCCUCCUGAAGAAGGCUUACGAGCUCUCGGUCCUCUGCGACGCCGAGAUUGCCCUCAUCAUCUUCUCCAGCCGCGGCAAGCUCUACGAGUUCGGGAGUGCCGGUACAAGCAAGACUGUCGAGCGUUACCAGCAUCAUUAUGGCUUCGGACAAGACAUUGGACGUGAAACACAAAUGCAGAGCUGGUGCCAAGAGGUUACGAAACUAAAGGUGAAGUUCGAGUCUCUUCAACGCACCCAGAGGCAGUUGCUUGGGGAAGAUCUUGGACCACUGAAUCUGAAGGAAUUGCUAAAUCUUGAGAAACAACUCGAAGGAGCUCUUGCACAGACCCGGCAAAGGAGGACGCAGCUCAUGGUGGAGCAAGUGGAAGACUUGCGGAAAAAGGAGAGGCAGCUGGGAGAUAUCAACAAGCAGCUCAAGCUCAAGCUCGAAGCCGAACUGUGGAGCUCCAGCAAUGGAGGAGCAACAACAUCAGGGACUAGCAACUUCCAUCUCCACUAUGCCCAGCCUAACUCCAUUGAUCACUGUGAACCACCUGAACCUGUACUCCAAAUUGGGUACCAGUAUGUGCAAGCAGAGAGCUCGUCUAUCCCGAAGAGCAAUACGGCUAGCGAGACCAACUUCAUCCAGGGAUGGGUUCUUUGAAAAAAAAAUGAAAAUCUAAUUAAGUUAAAGCCAUUGCACUCCAGGCACAACGAAUGAAUUUGUGUGGAUAUAUUAAUUGUUACUUUUGGAUUAUGUGGUCUCCUUAAAUAUGUUUUGAUGUUCUAAGCAUGCAUUCUCCAAAACAUGCUGCACGUUUGGCCAUAUUCUGUGCUAUGGUUAUGGUUACGUUAUGUGAAUCAUAACGAAGUUUGAUUUAUUUUGUUUUGAAAAUCAAUCAAUCUGGUUGCUUUGCGACUAAAGUUUAUAUAUGUA